CAGGAACAAUAUACUGUAUACACACAAUGCACUACACGUACCAAGAAAAGCGAACGUCGUUGAAUAAAAGAACUGUACCGGAACUUGAAUAGAAGUCCACUUUCACUGCCACUGCCAUGGCAAGGGAAUAAGCUGUCGUUUAAAAAUGGAGGCAUCAAAUGCUGACACUCAACAACAAGGGAAUAUCAGAGAAAAUACAAAGGAAUCUUCACAAAGUCGUGAAAAGGAAGAUGGCGGAGCUAAUCUACUCUCGAUACGAGAUACGAACCCAGAAGCUCCCGAUGGAGGGUGGGGAUGGAUGGUGGUAUUGGGAGCGUUUAUCAACGGCCUAGUGUCGGCAGGAUUCACGUCUCUGAUCAGUGUCUUGUACGUAGAAUGGAUCAAGUAUUUUGAUGUUAGUGCAGGCGAGUUGAGCUGGAUUGGGUUUCUGUUCCCCGGGACAGCUGGUUUUGUCAGUAUUGUCAUUGGAAAGAUUUGGACUACUUUCGGAGUCCGGAGCGCUGCGAUUACAGGAUCCAUUCUGGCCUCAGCGGGAUGUUUAGGAGGGGCAUUUUCCACAAAACCAUUCCAUAUAGCAAUCAGUAUUGGAUUGGUAUCAGGUCUAGGAGUUGGUCUAUGUUUCAUCUCGGCAGUGAACAUGGUAGCGGUCUACUUCAACAAGCGAUUCGGUGUGGCCAACGGCAUUAUGUUCAUCGGAACCAGUCUGAGCCAGAUCGGGGUUCCACCCCUUACCCGUUUCCUGGUGUCCCAGUACGGCUGGCGAGGUACCUUGCAGAUCACCAGUGCUAUUAUGUGCCACAGCAUCGCUGCCUCUUGUCUCCUUAGACCACUCAAAACACCGCCAAAGAAAAAGUGCAUGGUGAAGUCUGAGUCUGGAGAGUGCGACAACAAAGCCUUUGAGACUAACGAAGUUGUUGAACUUGAGGCACUGCCGUCACUCUCGACGCCGUUAGGCACACCCGUUAUCCAACGACGACGCAAGAUCAUUGUCGAUGAUGAUCUCGAUGGAGUGAAUAGAAAUGGUAGUAUACGAGGAAAGGGUUUGUUGAUGAAACCUGACAACCUUGGGCACCAGCUGAAAGCAUCCCCACUAGAACUGGAGCGACGUUUAGAAAAGUUGACACUGCCAUCCACACAGAAGGACAACCGUGACCUUAAUUCUGAUCAUGUUCCUGCCAAUAUUCCUAAGAUCAGAGUUGACGAUUUUGAUAAAACAGUUACUACGUCUGACAAGUUUGGGAAAUAUGGAAAAGAGGAUACCACGAAUGAUAAAACAGGAAGUAACGCAGACGAUGAGGCCGAAAGAAAAGGUUGUUCGGGUCAUCUUUGCAAAACCCUUGCAGACAUGUUUGGAAUAACUCUCUUCAGGAACGAACCCCUUUCAAUCUUGCAGAACAUAUCAUCUACGGUAGUCAUGAUAGCGACAUUCAUGCCCGUAGCUCAUGUCAUGGCCAUGGCAACGAAUCGUGGUAUGUCAGCCAGCAAUGCUGCUGCUCUUCUAUCCGUGCUCGGAGUCGGUGGAACGGCUGGACGCAUUUUAUCUGGUGUCAUCGUGGACAAGAAACUAAUAGGUCCCCACUCCUAUAUGAGCCUACUCAACGUCCUAACUGCCGUUCCCAUUGCCAUCCUACCGCUCGUUGCCUCUAACUUUCCUCAUGCCGCCGCAACCAUCUUCUUCACUGGCCUCGGGAUCGGAUCAACGAUCGUCAUCCGUAUCGUCCAAGCUAAGAAGGUCGUCUCGCCGCCCUUCAUGAGCGAUAACGUGCGCAUUGUCGUGAUGUCAACGGGAUUUGGUAUGACCAUCGGUGCUGUUGUAUCAGGAUGGUUGACUGACCUGACCGGAAGUUAUUCCAUGUCAUUUUACACUUCUGCUGACAUCCUUCUGUUCGGAGCUGCAAUCAAUCUGACCUUGUCUGUAGUCACACGAAUGAGGAGAAAGAAACAACGCAACCGGAAAGAAGAUCCGAGUUAAACUUCUCAUUACCAAAACAUUUAAGACUUCAAGAUUAGUCGCACAAAUUAUCCUGAUUGGACUUUCUUGUCUCCCUGUAGGAACUUUGCCCGUCGCCGUUAAUGUGCAAAUGGGUUUGAAAAAAACAUGUGUCAAUGUGCAAAUCCGGGAACUGCGAUCAAAGUUUAAUAUGCCGCCAAAACUUAGGAGGCGCGUGACGCUGGCAUAUGCCUUGAUCGGUCACGUGGUCUAACGAUAUAAUGGAUGAAUAAGAUUGUUAUGACUAUUUGGUCAGUUCACAUACCUAGCAUUGUUCUGGGAUUUCAAGUAAUUGUUUGAUUAAUAAAACUAAAAUAUUAAUGAGGCAUCAGGAGUGUUUGUUCUUAUGGCUAGGUAUCGUCGACGUCGAGAAAAAGUUGAUCAUCGCGUCUGAUCGUAAAUGACGAGAUAUAAGGGAAGGCUGCACCAGUAAUGAUGAAGCUCAGUAGUGACAUGUUAAUGUUCUGCAUGUUCUGUAACGGCUCACAUGGCAUAAUAAGAAUUUUGCUUCUCAACCAAUCAAAGAAGGGAUUUUAUCUAAACUGUCAUGAGCUGACAAUUAGAUACGUUAUGACAUAUGUGUUGUCAUGACACAGUCUUCCCGAGACAGGAUUAUUGACAGAUAAUUUGGAAAACUGACUACAUCUGGGGAGAGGUUCAUCCGACGAAUCUGACGGUUGCAAGAGUAAAAGUGCCUCUCUGCCAUUCAAAAUCAAUGACAGAUCCGACAACUUAUCGGACAAAAAUGUUGAUGAAACGCUCCCCAUAUGGUGCAAUUGGCAAAGAAGUAUGUAAAUGGGUAAUUGACGGUAGCAAGAGUAAAGCAAUAAUUGUUGUUUAAAGAUAUGCCAUUAAAACAAAUUGUUGCUGCUUGACUAUGAUACCUAGCUUAAGAUUUAGAGAUGUUUAUUUUUUUAUCUGGGAAAAUAUUCUAUUUAUUCUUUAUUGAUAGAACACGAAAGAGUGGCCGUGAACGGUUUUGAAAAUUUGAGGCUGAGCAUUGAUCCAAAAUUAAAUUGAUAGUAAUUUUAACGUCUUUUUGUUUACCAAAAAAAUGCAACCCCCCCCCCCCCCGCCGCCGCCCAGUUUCCCCUGUGACAAAUAUUUUGAAAACCAACUUCCAUGUAUAUAUUCUUUUUUUCUAUUUUUGUAUGUAUGGAAUUAGAAAACAAAUUUUCGCGGAUAUUUUGUCAAAUUCUGUUCAUUAUUCGUACUCGAAGAAAUCAAUUUCUUUGCGCAAUUUAUAGCCUUUUGAUGAUUGAAUGUUAUUGGAUAUUGAAUGGAUACAGGUGAAAAUACCUGAAUAGAAGACGAUGGUAUGAGAUGAGGCAGAAGAGAAUUAAAGCAAGCUAAAAGUGACAAAUACUUAAUUAUUCGUUUUAUAUUGGUUAUUUAGCUCCUGAAAAUAUAUUGAUAUUAACCCUGCUAGGUUUCUUCAAUCGUUUUGAAAUUAGUGCGAUCUAUAAACUGUUUCAGAAAUAAAACCAUUAUCAUUCAUAUAAUUAUUGUCUCUUUGUAUCGUUGUUUUGAGUGUGGAAUAUUACUGCAUGCAAAUCAGGCUGUGGGGAUACUGAGAACUGUCCAUAUCUAACUUACCGGGCUCGUUGCAGAAAGUGUUGCAAUCGAUCGCAACUUAAUUCUGUGCCAAUAGGACGCGUGUAUUUAGAACUCGCC